CUCAACAUCUGGCACAGUCAUUGGAGCAGUGAUCAUGGAAGGGUUUUACGUGGUCUUUGAUCGACAGAACAACAGAAUUGGGUUUUCAGACACAACAUGUCCUGCAGUGGCCCAGAUGUUUAACAAGUCACAUGUGUCUGGUCCUCACAAAUUUUCAGGUUCAGUGGGAAACUGUGCGUAUGCCAAACCAGAGAAAUCCAACAAAACCUUGGUCAUUGUGGCGUACGUGUUAGCGGGUAUCUGUGGAGCCUGUAUUCUGCCUUUGUUUAUUCUCUUUAUUCAGUAUCAAUGGCGGACGUCAAAGUGUUACGAGAAAAUGAAGAGGCAGAAUUCUGUUGGAGACUCUAAUGACUUAAUUGAUGAAACAAACUUUAUGCAUGAUUCUUAAUUAGACAAUUUUUGUCAUG